GGAUAGAACCAGGUUUGUGGAAACAAUGGAAAUGAAAAACCAAAACCGGAGUAAAUUUUUAUUAAUAGUUAGAGUAUUAAGGGCAUUACUGUUGAAUGAAUGCGAUAGAUUGAAUAGGAUGUUUUCAUUAAGAGUAGUUAAAUUUAAUAGGAAUCAAUUUCUUAAACUUGGAAAUUUGAGAAUUGCUAGAUAUGAAUCCAACGGAACUUACAAUGAAACAAUUAGCAGAUUUAAAGAAGAUUUAAAGAAAUCAAUGAUCAAGAAGGAUGCAUUAAGGAAAACAGUUAUUAAGAAUUUGUUAUCGGACAUUAAGAAUAAUGAGAUUAACAACAACGAGAAAAACAAGAUGAAUAAUGAAUUUCAAAUAUACGACGUGAUUCAAAAGAGUAUAAAGAAUCAUGAAGACUCGAUUUUGGAGUUUGAAAAAAGUAAAAGAGAAGAUUUGAAAGAAGUUGAAAUGAACGAGUUGAAAGUUUUGAGUGAAUAUUUGGAGUCUCUCCCGGUUGCUAAGAAAGAGGAUAUUGAUUUAAAGCUUCGAAAAAUCAUUGAAGAUUUGGCAGCUGAGGAUAAAAGUGGGAAGUUUCAUAUUGGGAAAAUCUUCAGCAGCAAGGCAAUUCCAUGGAAAAAUCUUGAGGAAGAGUGGAAGGCAUCUUUGAAAGCUGUUCAACACAGUGUUGUUGAAAUUCACAAAGAAAUGUUCCCCGGUAAACCCAAAGGCAGUGCCUGAGUGGUUAGGUGCUGGCAGAAGAAGCUGUGGUGUAGAUUUUAUUGAAACUGGGCCAAACCCAACACUGUUUAUAGAUGUCAAAUGUAUAUAGGAAGCAGAACCAGGAUCCUUCUCGUGAGUCGAACUGCCCACA